AUUGGCCGAAUCCUUCUAGGAGGGGUUCGUGUGUCUCGACUCUCUUCUCAACAUACUUCAGGGCUUCAAAGACUUCAAACAGCUCGGCGGGCAAUGUCCUGUCCUUGUUACUUUUACAGCAUGACCCCCUACCCACUACAUACACCCACUACUAAAAUACCCCAACUCUCCACCCUGCGCCGUUCAUUUCCAGAAGGUUAUCUUGAGCUCAUUUCCGGGGCAUAGGCUAUGAUUUCUGCUUCCCACGUUCAAUAUCCUUCCUUCAUUGAUCAUACUCCACCUAUGAUGGAUCAGGCUCAUCAAGCCUCGUCGACCCAGCGCGGCAGGCCUCGUCAACGCUCGGCUGUGGCAUGCACUUGGUGUCACUCACGUCGUGUAAAGUGCAAUGCCGCGGCCAGAGGCACUCCGUGCUCCAAUUGCGAGACGGCCGGCCGACAGUGUAUGCUCAUCGAGAGCAAGCGAGGCAAGAGGAGAAAAAUCUCAACUUCCUCAGCUUCGCCCCCCAUCGCGCGCGACCAGCAUGCCGCAGAGAUCCCGAUCCCGGGCACAGCGGUUGCACAUGGCAAUGUCUAUGAUCCCUUGAGGGACAUACGGCAUACACCGAAAGAGACGCCGAUUGGGCACACAUCUCGCCCCUCGAGUUCCCCCUGUGACAAUGAAAAGCCUGAAACGGGACAAGAAGCACAAGAGACGCUCUAUGCCCAAGUACUGGACAAGGCUACUAAUGCCGAGAUCACUUCAGAGGCCAAAGAGGGAGUUGUGCACGUAAUGUACAUGGGAGAGACCUUCAAUCUCACCCAUCUGCUGCGACAAACGAAUCCAGAAUCAGCCCGAUCAACCCGGAAACGGCACUAUGUUGUGCGCUUCAAUCCCCAAAGCCAGUCCGCCGCUGUAGAGGAUGAGUAUGACGAUGACAGCAGCCUAACGACCUUCCUCCAGCAGCAAGGCUGCUUUGUCGUUCCCAAUGUACAUACUUGCUAUCAGCUCUUCCGCACCUAUUUCGAUUACGUUCACCCUCACUAUCCUAUACUUGAUCGCACCGAGUUCGCAUCGCAAUAUGCUGACCCAACUCGGCCUCCGUCAUAUCUCCUUCUCCAGUCCGUCCUAUUCAUGGCUGCUGGACAUUGCGACAUGGCUGUCCUGCGAGAGGCCGGGUUUGACUCGAGAUACCAUGCUCGCAAGACCUUUUUCAAACGUGCAAAGGCUCUCUAUGACAACGAUCAUGAGCCCAACAAGGUCACUGUUGUCCAAGCAGUCUUCUUGAUAAGCUUCUGGUGGAAUGGUCCAACGGAUCAGAAAGAUACCUGGCAUUGGCUAGGUAUUGCUAUCAGCUUGGCUCUGACGCUUGGUAUGCACCGAUCCACCGAGCAUUCGGACAUGAAACCAAAAGAUCGUUCGCUGUGGAAGAGAAUAUGGUGGUCCUUGUUCGCAGAAGAUAAACAUGCCGCAACUGCUCUCGGGCGCCCAGUUCACAUUCGUAAGGAAGAUUGCGAUGUUGAGUUAUUGCAUGAAGGAGACUUCGAAGAGCAGCCGGCAUCUAGACCGGACGUUUUUGGUCGUCCUGAGUCUUGUGAUGCUCUAUAUGUCAUGGCUCUCGUGGACUUGUCCUUUAUCGCAGAAAGGAUCGUUCACAGCUCGUUCACGGCAUUCAAUUCCACAACCUCCGACAAUGCCACGAUGUUUCAAGAAUGCUCCGAAGCCCUGGAGCAGUGGAAAUCUCAAUUGCCACUUGAGUUGGACCUUGAGAGUAACAGCUCUUGUCUGUGGACAAGUAUGUUGCAUGUGGCGCAUAGUUGGUUUGAAAUUGUAACUCAUCGCUCGAUCAAGCCACAAGAUCUAUCGCCUCCCACAAUGAAGACGGCACAUACAUUAGCCAUGGAUGCCGCCAAUCGGAUGAUUCGCAUAGUGGAAGAAAUGUUGUCUCGUUCGCACAUUCUGCAUUGUCCUAUUCACAUUGUGCCCUCCUUGUUUGCGGCUAUGGGCAUGCAGGCAGUUGACAUUUGUUCGGGUCAACCAGUCCAGGAACAACUUGCUGUGGUCAAGGUCAGGCUGGCAAUGAUUGCGCUGCGAGAGUUGCAAAGUACCUGGCCUGUAAGUGGAUGGAUCUUCCGUCUCUUCGCCAAAAUCGUCCGACGCAUCCGCAACGGUGAUGAGCUUUUGCCGCACGAGCCAGUCAACGCCUCGCCUGUGCAAACAAAACAAGCAUACACCGAAGGAACGGUACCAGUGCAAGGUCAAAUGGUCCCUCAACAGCCUCUGUUCGCCGAAAAGUCGCAGUACCAGGAUCCAGGUCUUGCUCAGGCCCAUAUGUAUGCUAUGCAGAAUCAUCCUGCGAGCCGAUAUUUAUUUUCCGAAAACAUCAACCCGGCAAUGCCGUUCAGUUAUCCUCCAGACUGGGGAAGCAUUCUUGAUGACACCGCAUGGGGAGAUUUCGAAUACGAGUUCUGA